AUGUCUUUUGAAAAUACCAAAAAUCAACUACUAGAACCACUAAACAGAGAUUCUACCCUUCCUUUGAACGUUAAGGGCGUUUAUCCUACAGCCGAAGCAAAAACACAUGAAGAAGGCACAAAGCAAACUCCUCAAAAAGGUGGUUUAGGUCAAAAAAUUCAAGAACAAGAGAUCGGUCAAGGUUUGAUUCCAAGAAAUAGGGGUAGUAAAAUGAGAGAAGAGAAAGAAUUUGAAGAGUUGGCACAAGAUGCUAAGAAUUACUAG